UUGUCGAUUGUCGCGCCAUUGUGUGGAGCGGCGUACGUAUGACGGUCGUACUGAUUCGCGAUACGUGUUUUUAUCGAUAACAAUAAUUGGGCUAUUAUGUUAUGAAUUAAGACAAUACAGUAAUUAUACAGUUUUGUUUGUAUUGAGUUUCAUUCCAGUGUUAGCAGUUUUCGUGUAAAGUGCAAGCGAACUUGAGCAAAGUUUCUUUUCAACGACGUGUUUCAAGAACUCACGGUGGAUCUAGAGUUGCACCAGCGUGCCAGCGGUCACUUGAUGAGUGCCGCUGGCGCCAUGUGCGAGCGGUCCGGCUACGGCGGCACCAUGGCGCACUUCCCCAUGGGCCACAUGUCCGCCAUGGGCGCCAUAGGCACCAUGGGCGCCAUCUCCGCCAUGAACGGCCAGUGCCACCAGAAGAAGUCCCAGGAGGAACACAUAAAGAGGCCCAUGAACGCGUUCAUGGUGUGGUCCAGGCUGCAGAGGCGGAAAAUUGCACAGGACAACCCCAAAAUGCACAAUUCGGAAAUAUCCAAACGAUUAGGUGCAGAAUGGAAACUCCUGACGGAAGACGAGAAGAGGCCUUUCAUCGACGAGGCAAAGCGGCUGCGAGCCAUGCAUAUGAAGGAGCACCCUGAUUAUAAGUACAGGCCACGAAGGAAACCCAAGACCCUAAGGAAGGAGGGCUACCCCUACUCGAUACCGUACCCUAGCGUGCCUAUGGACGCUUUGAGAGCUGGUAUGGCGGGCGGCGGCAUGUCGCAAGCGAUGGGCGGCUACUACGGCGCCGCGUACGGGCCGCUCGGCGCCAGCAUGGCUGCGGCGGCGGCGGCGGCGGCGCAGCAGAACGCCAUCUCUGCGGCGCUCACACCCAACGCACAGGUGGGCUCAACAAUGGACAUGUCAAAAUACUCCAUCGAGGACAAAUACAGGAGCUACGGCAUGUAUCCAGACCCGUCCCGGGGCUACCUGGACUCGGCCGCCCUGUCCAAAGCCUACAUGUACAUGGAUCAACAGCAACAACGGUCCUAUCCGAUGGACAUCUCCAAGAUGUACUCCGAAGCGUCAGCAGCCAUGGUUGGGUUGAGCUCAGCUGUAAAUUCCGCUUCCAGCCUCUCCCCACGAUCCCCAGCGGAGUCCCCAGAUACCCACAAAACCCAGGACCGCGCCGAAGGCAGCUCCUCAUCAGGGUCAAACCCAUCCCCAUCCCUACCCUACUAUCAGUCAUCAACAGGGUUACUGAUGCCCCAGUAUCCGGGGCAGUAUCCCCAAAAUCCCCAAGGAGGGCCUGAGUUUCGAAGGCCUUUGACGGUCAUAUUCUGACCUGAUGUUUAGUCUCGUUCAUUCAAUAUUUCGUUUUAAUUAUACUUUUUUGUAAAUAUUUUUCAAGAAGACUCUUCUAUAGUAUCACCUAUAAUUUGAAAUAGUGAUGUCUUUUAAGUAGAUAUCGAUAUAGACAUUAUUUAUAAAGCGCGAAGCCUGUGAUCACCGAACUUAGUCAUUAUUAUAAAAAUUGAAAGUAUAUCAGCCCAUUCUAUUACCAUAGUUAAGCAGAUACAAAAGAUAACUAUGUUUGUUUAAAUCAUGAUUGAUUUUGUUUACAAUUCUCAGAUAUAAACUUACCUAUGGUAUGAACUAACUACUUACAAAGUUUUAGUUUUUAUAAAAUGACGAUGGUCUAGACAUCACGGGUCCUCAAACCAAACGUUACUCUUCGGUUCUGAAAUCAGAAAAAUGACAGAGAAAAUGUAUACUAUUACACAUAUAUUCGACUAUCGGUGCUUAUGGCAUUCAUACUUGUAUGAUUGUUAUAAUCUUAGGAAUCGAUUUGUGACGUUAUAAAAUUUUUAGACGUCAUGGUUUUUUAUUUGAACCAACAAACCAAUUAUUCUCACGACUUUUCGUGAUCUUUUUUCUAAAGUUCCUUGAUUUUUAGUAGGUAUGUACUUAAGUAUUAGGUUAAUAAAAAAAUAUAAAGUUUAUUUUAAUUUUAGGUAGUAAAAAUACAUUCCGAUUUCUAUGUAAAUUGUAAAUAUAUAAUACUCUAAUAAUAUCUAAUUAGAUGGUAAUAGCUUAUUUCACGAUUUUAAGCUACUAUUACUUUAUAUGUCAAGAUAUUUAACAUAUACUUCUAUGGAGUAUGUAUUUUAAACAGUUAUUUAGCUAAAUAGGUUUCUUACAAUUUUCAUUUUAAUUUAAAGUUGCAGUUUAAAGGCCUAUAACCGUCUAAAAUUCAGUUCCAACACAUGUCAAUUCAAAAUAUAUAUUUCUAAAUAGGUUCAGAUCUGGAUUCAGUCGUAAUUAAUUACACUUUGCCAGCAAAGAUAUCCCGCUAUGAGGUUUUGUUCGUACACUGUGCUUCGUACAAACCAAUCUAUGACUUCAAUUAAGACUAUUAAUAAAAUCAAUAAAAGUAAUAGUAACUUAAAUCUGUGAAUAUUUAUUAUAAAGUAUUUUUAAAAAGUCCGCAGUACAACGACUUCAUAUUUAAUAUUAAGUAAUAGUGCACCGUGGAACAAAGGCAUAAGUGGGAUUAUUAUGUCCAUGAUGUCAUUUUAAAAGUCGUGCCGUCGGCGUACUUUUAACAUCUUCACAAGUGUGUAACUAACUUAACGCCCAUACCGUACGAUAUUUUUUCAAUAAAUUUGUGAGAAAACAGGUAAAUGGAAAUAAUAAAGUGCUUUUUUUAUAAAAGACAGUUGUUUGAUUGAGAAGAAACUUGAUUUUUUGUAACCAGAGCUACAAAAUCUUUAACUCUUCACAUUUUUUUAAUUGUACUAUCUUGGAUAUCAGUUUUAAGUAAGUAGUUCGUUUAAUUUUAAUGUCUGGCAUUUCUCUCACAAAAACAUUAUCUAUUAAAUUUUUAUUAAGUCUAUGAUCGAUAAUAAUAAAUACGGCUUGUGUACAACACUAGAACAACUUUGAUUACUAUUCCUAACUAUCGAGUGUUGUUUGAGUUUGCGUUUGAUGUUUAAUUUCAUAAAUUUAAUUUAUAAAGCUCAGUAAAACAAACGUUUACUGUUUUAUAAAACGUGUUUUCUUGCAAAAUGUAUUGAUAUAUAAAUUAUUACAAUUAUAUUCUAACAAUUGUAAAUAUUAGUUAAGAAUCAUAAAAAGUAUAUAGGCUUAAAAUAAAAUAUGUUGGAUCGUAAAAAAUAUAUCUACAUUUUUGUGAAAAGUUUCUUAGUAGACUGAUAAUCUAUUAGAUCAAUCAAUAAAGCUUGAUUUAAAAUUAAACCUUAUUGUUUACAUAACUUACUAUCUAAGUUGUUUACAUAACUUACUAUCUAAGUUAUUUACAAUUGCAGGCCAAGUGCAGACGUCAAAUUUUAUUACAGUGCCAGUGUCUUUUAUAGUAACGCAACACUUUUGUAAUUUGUUUUGUUUUAUCCUUUUGUUUUUCAAAACUAUAAUUUUAUGUAUUUUUUAUAACAAAGGUUACAAAAUUUUAUUUUCUUGUAUUCAUUAAUUACUUCUAAAAUUGUCCCUAAACAUACACCGACGCCGAAAAUUGCAUUUAUUUAAGAUGCCAUACUUUAGAUUAGUAAUUUAUUAGAAAAUAAAACUGUUUUGUUGAAAUAAUGGGAUUAGGUAUCUCUUGUUUUUUUUUGUUUUAUUUAUCCAGUGGCUUUCUUCUUGUAAACUAGUGAAAACAUUGUUAAUUGUAAAUUAUUCAUAGUUAAAUUGUUUAUGUAGUCUUUUCUUAUCAUUUGAUUGCUUUAAUCUCUUUCGCACUUAUAAAAGACUAGAUUUGUCAUCUGGUAGAGUCAGUGAAAUAACAGUAAAUCUGAGCGAGCGAGAACAAGAUAUUGCAGUCAAAUGGUAUCGGAAACAAGAUAUUAUGUAUAGUGAUAACGAAUAUUAUGUACAAUGAGACUUAGAAGAUAUUAUAAUUAUUGCAAUUACGUCAUUAAAUAUUUGAAAAAUCGC